AUGUUUAUACAAGGGACUUUUGUGCUGCUUACUGCCCUCCUGGGUGCUAGCGUAGAUGCGCUUUACACUAAAAAGUCUCCAGUUCUACAGGUCGAUGCUACCAACUAUGAUCGCCUGAUCGCUAGAUCUAAUUAUGUUUCUAUCGUAGAAUUUUAUGCACCAUGGUGUGGCCAUUGCCAGAAUCUCAAACCGGCGUACGAGAAGGCAGCGAGAAAGCUCGAAGGGCUUGCUAAAGUUGCAGCGAUGAAUUGCGAGGAUGAGGCAAACAAACAUUUCUGUGGCUUGAUGCGUGUACAAGGAUUUCCGACCCUUCGACUAGUAGUCCCUUCUGACCAGCCUGGAAAACCGAAAACCGAGGACUAUCAAGGGCCAAGAACUGCGAAAGGCAUAGUUGACACCGUCGUGAGUCGGAUUCCUAACCAUGUUAAGCGCCUUACCGAUAAAGAUGUCGACGGCUGGCUAGCGGACUCAAAUACGACCGCAAAAGCGAUUCUCUUUACUGAUAAAGGUGCCACAAGUGCGCUUUUACGGACUCUAAGCAUCGAUUUUCUAGGAAAGAUCCACAUUGGCCAAGUUAGGAAUAAGGAGACAUCAGCAGUGCAAACGUUUGGUAUCACCAAAUUCCCGACACUCGUUCUUUUACCUGGGGCAGACAAACCAUCAGUAGUGUAUGAUGGAGAGAUGAAAAAGAAACCCAUCUUGGAAUUCCUCAGUCAAGCUGCAGAGCCAAAUCCCGAUCCCCCCAUACCUGUCAAAAAGGUCAAACCCUCAAAACCUCAAAAGCCCAAAAAGCCCACAGCUGCGGAUAGUCCUUCUGAACCUACCGACAGUGAUUCCGCUUCGAACAAGGAGGAGUCUUCUUCUCCCAAACCGUCUGCUUCAACAAAGCCACAAGCCCCAGUGCUUCGUAUGCUUUCUUUGAGUACCGAGCUCAAGGCUACUUGCUUAACCCCAAAGACUGGAACUUGUGUUCUUGCUAUUGUUCCCAUACCAAAGGAUGCCACAACUCCGCCGCCACCUGGUGCUGUCGAAGGACUUAAUGCCCUCCGAGAAAUUGAGCAUAAGCAUUCUCAACGCAAAGGACACCUCUUCCCUUUCUACCUCGUACCUGAUACUAUAGAAGAGGUUCCCGAUAUUAGAAAGGAGUUGGGUUUAAAUCCGGAUAUAGUAGAAGUCAUUGCCGUCAAUGGAAAACGUGGAUGGUGGCGCCGUUAUAAUUCCGCCGGCGGGUCAAAGUUCGGCAUUGUCGAACUAGAGAAAUGGAUUGACCAAAUUCGCAUGGGGGAGGGCGAGAAGGAAACAAUUCCUGAACAGCUAUAUCAACUUGGAAAGAAAAAAGCGUCCAAAGAAAAACCUGAUAAAUCACAGCAAAAAGAGCCAGAACAAAAACAAGAACAGGAAUCUGAAGCAGUUUCUGAACCUGAACCUGUACAGGAGUCAACUGAAUCAACUGUGCUCCUGGAAGAAAAUACAAAAACGGCUGUACAUGAGGAGCUUUAG